AUGUACGGACUUCGUAGGGAGCGUCCACUCACAGAAAAGGGUAAAAUGAUGUUUGAUAGCAAAUGUUCUACACAACAACGCAACUGUGACACGUCAUGGAACCGUGUCGAAGAUUUGAUAAUUAGUUUACAUGAAUGCAAUGACGUCAAAAGUCUACGUAAACUAGAUUACGACAUAAAUCAAGCAUGUCACACUUACUGUAAAUCUGUAAAACUUUAUCUCAAAAGAGAAGGAACUGCAGAAGCUAGCGCUGCCUUAGAAACCUUUAGUCCACACUUUGAUAAAUGUCUAGAAGUCGUGAAUAAGUGUCUCACUGAUCUGAGGAACAAAAAACUUGAGCUUAUAGAAACAAUAUCUCAAUCUGGCGCCUCAGUGCAAUCUGGAACCUCAAGUAGCAAAAGAGCUAAAGCGGCAGUGGAACAGACCAAAUUGGAAUAUGUCAGACAGGAAGGUGAACUCCUGAAGCAAAAGGCUGCGAUUGAAGCCAAUAUAAGCAUCGUAAAACAGAAAGCCGUGGCAGCUGCGGCUAAUAUUGAGGCUACCUACGACGAAGAUAAAGUGGAAGAACCGAGAAUACCUGUAUCAGACAAAAUGCAGGACGUUCAGAUUUUCGUUGAUGAAUCAAGGCGAUUCACUUUGCAAUCAGAUUCUAAUCAGACAUUUCCUUUAUCUAUGUAUGCUCCCGUCGCUUCGGCUAACGUAAACAUUCCGCCUAAUCCUGUCAAUGCUUUCGAUGAUAUGGGAGAGCUUUCUUCAGCGCCUUUACCGAACUUACCUGUUUCAUCUCCUGUGAUUAUUCCACCCAGGAAUGUAAACUUUAGUGCCCCUAUCAAUCAGCCUACUCCACCAGAAUACUUACCUUAUGGUUCCCAAGGAAAUAUACCGCCUACCAGCCUUUUUACCUCGUUUUCUUCUCAAUAA